AUGGCCAUCACCACCGCGAUUUCCGACUUUAUCAAGUCCAUCUACGAGCUCCUUGCCUCGAUCUUGUCAACCGCCUACACCGUAGUCAGUUCUACUGUCUCGGCCGUCCUGAACUUCUUCGCUGGACUCUUCACUCUCUUGGGCAACAUCGUUUCAGGGAUGGUCGAUGUCGCUGGUGGCGUGGGCAAGUUUGUUGCUGGGAACAUCGUGCUCAUCUCAAUCGGCGCCUUGGCCGCGUUUGCAUACGUCCGGUUCACAGUCCAGGGACGACAACUUGCCGAGGGAAAGAAGGUUCAGUAA